GACGAAGACAAGUCAAAACUGCUCCUCGCUCGUACUGCCGCUCCCGCUAGGGUUCGUCUCAAGUUUCCGGUGCCGAAAUCGGAUCUAUUCCGAUCAGUCGCUUGUGUAGAGUAGUGUUUCUUGCUAAUUACUUGGAUUUUUAAACAAUCUUGUUUUCUGCUGGACAUACAGUACUUGUUCUCUUCUCUGGACUAGAUGGAGCAGUACGAGAAAGUUGAGAAAAUUGGUGAGGGAACCUAUGGUGUGGUUUAUAAGGCUCGUAACCGUGACACAAAUGAGACCAUUGCUUUGAAGAAGAUCCGCUUGGAGCAGGAAGACGAGGGUGUACCUAGCACUGCAAUCAGAGAAAUUUCUCUCUUGAAAGAAAUGCAGCAUGGAAACAUUGUCAAAUUGCAGGAUGUAGUGCAUAGCGAGAAGCGCUUGUAUCUAGUUUUCGAGUAUCUUGACUUGGAUUUGAAGAAGUACAUGGAUUCAUGUCCAGAUUUUGGAAAGGAUUCACAAAUGAUAAAGACAUUCCUUUUUCAAAUUCUCCGUGGCAUCGCCUAUUGUCAUUCACACAGGGUUCUUCAUAGAGAUCUGAAACCUCAAAAUUUAUUGAUAGAUCGCCGUACCAAUGCACUAAAGCUUGCUGAUUUUGGGCUGGCUAGAGCAUUUGGAAUUCCUGUUAGGACAUUUACACAUGAGGUGGUUACCCUGUGGUACAGAGCCCCAGAAAUACUGCUUGGGUCUCGCCAUUACUCGACUCCUGUUGAUGUGUGGUCAGUUGGAUGUAUAUUUGCUGAGAUGGUGAACCAGCGACCAUUAUUUCCAGGGGACUCUGAGAUUGAUGAACUAUUCAAAAUCUUCAGAGUCUUGGGCACUCCAAAUGAGGAGACGUGGCCUGGGGUGACUUCACUGCCUGAUUUUAAAUCUGCUUUUCCUAAGUGGCCUCCUAAGGAUUUGGCAACUGUUGUUCCAAAUCUUGAAUCAGCUGGCAUCGACCUUCUUUCUAAAAUGCUCUGCAUGGAUCCCAGCAAAAGAAUCACAGCUAGAAGUGCUCUUGAGCAUGACUACUUCAAAGAUAUUGAGAUUGUACCCCCGUCUUCCUGAGGAGAAGAAAUGUUAAUAGUGAUGUGUACAAUUCUGUGGCUUCUGAUUGUUAGAAAUAUAUGCAUUUUUGCCCUCUCCCUCUCAUUGCAAUUUUUCGUUCAACUUUCACGGAACAACAUUGCUGCCAGUGCUGCCAGUUCAAACUGUUUCUUUGCAGUAAUCUCCAAUGGUCCAUUGUAUUCUAGCACUAUGUUUCUUGUUCUCUCUGUCACGGUAAGUAAAUGGCAUUUUGCAGCUUUAGCAGAUUUUUUUUUUUUUUCAAACAUUCGUAUGAGGCGUAUCAUGUUAUAUAGGUUUUUGUGUAUCUUUUCUGGAAUGAUGUAAUUUGCUUUGCCUUUGAUUGAAUCCUUGGUUUUUUCUGGUUCUCUUCCCGUCCUUCCUUUCAACAUGAGAAGUGAAUUUGGUGGCACCUAAUCCUCGAAUGAAUUCAAAAUGGUUGA